UAGUUUAUCUUGAUAAUAUGGUUUCCUAUCAACAAACUGCUUCUGUCAGGUCCGACAUGGCGACUGAAGUUGGACAAAAAAUGGAGGAUGGUAUGGAUGUAGUAUCUGAGUACAACAUGGCUGACAAUAUGGAUAAUUCAAAAUUUGGAAAAAAUAUGACGAAUGAUAUCAAAGUUGGACAAAACAUGGAGGAUGAAAUGGAUAAAUUACUGGAAGAAUUUUUGAUGCCCCCUCCUGAGGGUACACCUCGUAGUUUUGUUCUGAGAAAUAGUUUGGAAUCACUGAGGGAUGCAAGCAGCACCAGUCUUGAUAGGAGCGGUAAUUCAUCAUCAACGACGGGAAGUUGGAAUUCGUCUUGCAGUUGCCACUCGAUGUCAUCUCUGAGUCAAUCAAAGUCGGCCUUCGUUUUUCACAAGCAAGCGAUUUUGCCUCCUUUGCUGUGUUCCUCAUCGCGGACUGAGAUGAAAGUUUAUAAAAUGAAAGCAGUAGAGCGUGAACAACGACGCAAAGAGAAAGAAAAACAACGUUUGAUAUCGAGAGUCGAAGCAAUUCUGUCAAGUGUUGAGGUCAGUCCAAUGAAAAAUAAGAAGCCUCUUAUCCAAUCAAUCAAGGAAUCACAUACCAUUUCAGUACAACCCAGCAAUAUUCCGCAGCAGAACUUCAAUCAGCUGGAUAAUGCUAUCGAUACUAAUAGUGACAGAGAUCUUCAAAAUGUGAGUGAUGUCAUCAGUAGUAGUCAUGACAAACAAUGCAGUGAUGAUGAAACAAUGCAAAGUGAAGAUGACAUCACACACAAACAAAACCUUUCAAAUUGUGACAUCACUGAACAAAAUAAUAGUCAUGAAAAUGACUUUACUAAUCACCAUGACAACAAUGAUACAGAAAAUUCAGAAAAUACCAGCGAUCACCAUGGCGACAGUGAUGAUGUCGCUAGUUCCGAUGACAAUGCAGCAUAUCGUUCCAGCCUACGAAAUUUACUGCAGAAAUCCAUGAAUCUCAGUCAGAGUGGAAUAGUAAAUUCUCCUUGCCAAAGUAAGACGGAAACAGUGGAAAAUAUCGAGCAAGAAUCGGCAACAUCUACCAAAUCCAGCUCAGAAAGUGACGCUGACAUCACUGAGAAUGCAGUCGUAGAAAUGAAGGCAAAAGAAGACAAAAUUUUCGGCCAAAAUGAGCAAAAGGACAAAAAUACCCCCGAUUUUGCCUCAAAUGUACUUAAAACCGAAGAGGCAACCCAGAACGACUCAAAUUUUGUCCCAGAAUCUGAAAAUUUGAGUCAAGAAGACAUUUUGGUCGAGUCCAUUGUUCAAACUGCUAUAAAAGAUGCAAAAAAUCAAUUAGACAAUGAGAAUUCUAUGAAACCAUUAUCACCAAACAAUGAUAAUUGUGAUGUCGAGAAUGAUAGUAUAUUAUUUCUCAACAAUCAACUUAAUGACCUCAUAAAACAAAAUAAAAAAAUCAUCCCCAGAGUUGAAAAAACAGACAAUUCACUUCCCAAAGAUAUUAGCGAUGAAAUUUCAUCAUGGGAAACCCCCAAAAUCACAAAAGUUUCUGAAAAAACCGAAAUCAGUCCUCUGAGUGUGACUGAUUCACAAUUUUUCGAACUUCACAAUCAAAGUACGUCAACAAAAGUAAAUUAUCCACUAGAUGGAGUUGGAGAGCAAAUUCCAGAUGGGGGUUUAGAAACUUCGAACUAUUCUAACAAAAUUAAAAUCGAUUCCUCCCCAAUUUUGCCAAACGAGACUGAAAUAACCAAUCAUAAUGAAAUCGUGGAGUUACAAGGUGAAUUUUGUUACAAAUCUACAAUCAUUGAAGCAUGUCCAGUUGCUGAGGAAACGGUCAGUGAAGUGCAACAUAAUUGUGAUGAUGUCACAAUUACAGAUGACCUCACAGUUUUAAAACCUGUGAUGUCAGAUACUGUUAGUGAUGUCACAAUGACUAUAGAUGAUGAGACAAUGAAGGAAAAUUGUGAUCCAACAAUGGAGACUGGUUCUCUCAUUUCGAUUAAAAGAAGUCUCUCCUUCACGCUCGACCAGCCAUCGCCUGAAUUCGAGUCCGCAGUUAUUGAAGCAGUUAGUCAGCAUUUUCAUGGAAAUAAAGAUGAAGAAAUGAUGAAUAAGCAUUUACUUGAUGCUGUGGGGCCUGUUCUUGAGAUCGACAGCAACGCACCCUUGGAUGAAAUAGCUGUAGCUAAAAGGAAAAUGAUGCUCCAACAACGCGUCAGACGAGGAUCUUACACACUAGAGGAGCCAUCACCUUACUUGAUUAAGAAUAAAGAAAAACUGAUGUGA